AUGGCAGAGGACACACGUACACGGACUGUACAGACCACCAAGAACACACAAACACCAGCGUGGGCGCCUCCACACUGCCACCACACGGGGGGAGCCGGGGGAGACCACUGCGCGAGCGGCCGGGGGAGCGGCGAGCGCACCCGGGACAGAGAGCCGCGCGCGCCCCGUACAGGAGCUCUAGCCGAGAGAGAGGAGCGCAGCGCGGCCCAGACCCUGCGCUUCAGCAGCCCGCGCCUCAGCCCCCUGAAGAGGACUGCUGCUGGACCAUGGAGCGGAGCAGGGGGACACGGGGACACCAAGGAUGUGGAUGAGGGUGGGCUGAGCUGCACAGACGGCCCUUAG